AUGACGUCGAAACAGAAAGCUGGAAAAGUUGGCUCCAAGAGUAAGGAGGACGCUCCCUAUGAGUUGGAGAAUCAGUUCAUCCUGCGGCUGCCGACGGAAUAUGCAUCUACUGUGAGGAGGCUUGCCCAGUCUAGUAGUAUGAAUAUGAAGGACAGACUCACCAUAGAAUUGCAUCCUGAUGGUCGCCAUGGCAUCGUGAGAGUGGACCGUGUCCCUCUUGCCUGCAAACUGGUGGAUCUGCCAUGCAUCAUUGAGUCCCUCAAAACAGUGGACAAGAAGACUUUUUAUAAGACAGCUGACGUCUGCCAGAUGCUGGUGUGUACACUAGAUGGAGACCUUUACCCUCCUUUAGAGGAGCCCACUGGCACCGAUCCCAAGACCAAGAAGAAGGACAAAGACAAGGACAAGAAGUUCAUUUGGAACCACGGGAUCACCUGUCCCCUCAAGAACACGCGCAAGAGGCGAUUUCGCAAAACUGCAAAAAAGAAGUACAUCGAAUCUCCCGAUGUGGAAAAAGAGGUGAAGCGGCUGCUGAGCACAGAUGCCGACGCUGUCAGUGUUCGGUGGGAAGUGAUAGCAGAAGAUGACAUGAAAGAUGGAGACCAGCAUGGCUCUCUGGCUAACUUGGAUUCGUCACCUGGCACAUCGGGACACAAGUUGGGUCACGGUUCUUCAACCCAGCGUGACGAACUGCGGGAGAUGUUCAACGACAUCAGCAGCUCCAGCGAAGAUGAAGAGGACGAUGUGGACCGUCACGAGGAUGAGGACUUGAACAUCGUGGACACGGAGGAUGACUUGGCCCAAGACAAAAUGGACGAAUCUGACCCGGCGCAACGCGAGUCUGACACAAAUAACCAAAUAGUCAUGGAGUACCAGGUGCAAAUCAACAGCGUCAAGGCCAAGCUUCAGGAAACUCGAGCUCGGAAGAAACAACAGGAGGAGCUCAUCAUGAAAGUGGAAAACCAGGCACUUAAAAACCGAUUCCAAGCGUGUUUGGAUGAGAUCAUUCAACAGGAGGAACGUGAGACGGAACAGCUGGCCUCGCUACAGGAGCAGCUGGACUCACUAAUCGAAAAGUGA